ACAAAACAUAACGAGUCAGCGUUGAUACGAAUAUGAAACCAUCGUGCAAACAACGAGCCUACGCUGCCACUGCCACUGCUGCUGCUGCUGCUGCUCCGGAAACCACGCUCGCACCGCACCAUCCGUCUGUACCGACGACGGCAAUUCCGACAGACCAACACGGUCCGACGAACAUCGAAAGGAGAUAAUUGAUCCGGUUUCUUGCUGGUGAAGCAACACAAAAGCAGCAACCUGAACGUAACUCCAUGAACAGGAAUUCAUCGAGAGGUGUGCUUUUUUUCUUACGAACUGAGUGGAAACACAGCGGAGAGAAUGAAAAAAGCCUCUGUGUAUGCAUAAAUAUUAAAACGCACAACAUAUGUUCAGCGUAUGCUGCCCUUACAGCCUUACUACAACCGUACCUGUGUGAGUGGAUCAUGUUCAAGAAAGACAAAAAAAAGGUAAGUUUACCUUUUGCUGGUAAGAUCGCUUGAUUUUCCUAACCUACACAAGCGCGAACGAUACCUUCAAUUUCGUAGCGAAGAAAAGAAAGAGAUCAAAAUAGUCGUUUGACUUAACUGGUAUGCAGUUACAGCGCAAACGAUCUCCGCUCUUAGCUAGCUAGCCUUAGUUGGCCGGAUUAUGAAGGGCUUCGGGAGAGCUGAAAGUGCAAUUGCAUUUGCCAUUUUAACCCUCACCCAUGUACGCUUCAUGACGUAUGACUUAUUUUCGUUAGAAACAGUUUUCUUAAGAUUUACAUAUUUCUUUUACAUGUUUCAUACAAUGAAAUACCUUUUAUAGUUUGAGUAAUCGAGACAAAUGUCUCAAAACUACAUAAUGCUGUAUGACUGCGUUUGGUAUAAUUUACAGAGAAAAUGAGCUAAAUAUCAUAACAAAAUCUACAUUCAUUCCAAACAAUCAAAAACCCAUAGUUUCUUACAAAUUAUGGACGGUGGAACCAUAAACUUUCGACAAAUAAAACAUUUCAAAACAGAACAAACAUUUCUUUGUGUAAUAAAACAUGCCUUUUUCCCUUCAUCCGGGUUCGUCGCUUGAUGUGGAGUUGAUGUCUUUUAGCGCCGUAAAGCUAUUGUGCACUUGUCAAGCAAACCAUUGUAAUGGUGCGAUUCGUGUCACUUUAUGAUUGUUUCUUUUGUGUUUUAGAUGAGUGUUUAUAACAAAUGCUAAACGAUUUAAUAUAUUAUCAUAAAAUCGAUUACUUCCAUACGGUUUUCCAUAUGGAAAAAUUUAAUUUUUGUUAGACAUAAACUAGGACUUAUGAUUUUCCCUUUUUCUCACCUCGGAUAUCAACGGAAAGCGUUUCGGUGUCUAGACUCAUACUAGGCUAGCAAAAGAAAGUGCUUCGCAGUUGUGCAAUUUUAUAUGCAAAAUAUAAUUUCACCCCAAAUGGCGUUACUCCUCUGUUUCGCGCGCGUUACUGACGGUGUAUCCGUCGGUUGGAAAAUCGAUUAAAAUUUCUCCUCGCCAAAUUAGCCGCGUCUGAUUCACGCGAUCGAUUGUGAGUGACCUGAAGGCCUCACACUCGCAGACCUUUGCCACCAAAAAGUCACAACGGUACGUGUAAAAGAUCGCACAACAAUAAGCAGCAUGAGGUAAACAAGAGCACACUUUUCUAUCACCUUGAGGCUCAUCCCGUGUGUGCGUGUGUGUGCGUGGAUGUUGGUUCGGGCGCUGCAUUUGUUGGUUUCCGAAACUGCGGUGCAGAUACUGAGAGACUAUGCUGGCAUCUACCAAAAACUCUCAUCGCGGCAAGAUCGGCGCGCACAAACAUCGUCAAGCGAGGGCAAAAAACUCCAAGAUAUAAAUUCCAAUUUAGAAAGAGCUGCUCGACGCACAUCAGACGCUUGAUCACGUUCCUACCGAAUAAACGGCAGCCAUCAUUGCAUCCGUACCACGUGUCUGUAGUGGUGCGAUCAGUCCUGUGUGGUUAACGCGCGCGCUCUGCGAGAGAUCCGAGAGCACCUCUCAACGGAAAGCAACCAAGGAGAGACCCACUUUGGAUGCAAGACUGUGGAACGAUCAACUCGGGGUACGUGGAAUUUCUCAGAAUUGAAUGGCUGGCUCAGUCUCACGGUGGAAUGCAAACGGCGAGUACACAUCCGUGUUGGGAUUUUGCUUAAGAAAACGCAUAACGUGGCUAAUUUUGAGGUCACGAAACUUCGUUCACAGAUUAGUUAAAAUUCUCAUCACAGUGAUCGAGUGUAUACUUCCGGAUUAGCUCAAGUGUGUUUAGAGUUAACAGUGAUCGUGAAGUCGAUGUUCUAUGCCAAAUUAAGUUCCGCGGAUUUAUUACCGUCGGGAGAAGGCAACAAUCUGUUAUGCAAGUGAAUGAUAAAAAUAAAGCAAUUUGCUAAUAUCCUUCUAAUUGGUAGAAUUUCAGCUAUUGGUUGUAUAAAUGAAAUGACAUCGGAAUAAGUGUAGAAAUGACGGAAAAAAGAGUUUUUGUGCUGUGUAUGGUUGUCGUUUUUUCACGAUGAAUUGUGGAUGUGAAAUGCCGUCGGCAAAAGCAUGAAGUUUCGAUCCGUUUUUUCUGCCCAACUCAGUUUUCCAGUGCAAACAGUAGUGUGGUGUCUGAUGAGAUAUACGUUAAAAUAAAAAGACUGUGUGGUGUGAUAAUCUUCUAAAGGGUAUAAGUGAUAAAACGAUCAGUUGCGCAAAAUAUGUAAAAGAAAUAUUAUAAAUAGUAGCAAGUGAAUCGGAGCUAAGAUAAAUUGUGCGGUUCAUGUUGCAAAAUCUCCAGUGUUUCUCAACACCUUUGUGCAAUGCGUGAGUCAUUUCAUAUGCAAUUCUAUGUUGUGAACAUCCGUCUAAAGUCUAAAUAAGUGUACGAAAAAAAGGAGUAUAAAGAACAGUGCAUUUAAUCAAAAAAACAUGAUUGCCAAGUGUCGAUCAUCAGCUUAUCGCGUGUAAUGUGUUGCUGAAGCGUGGUGGCGAUCGAUUUGAUUGCGUGUGAUAUCCGGCCGGAGGCAGCAGCUUGUGCCGUGAGGUGUAUGCGUGCGUGUAUGUGAUACUGCUGUUUGGUGUGAACAGACGUACCAAACAAUACGUCAAAAUGCGUCCCUCACCGGCAUUGUUGACGAUGCUGUUUGGCACCAUAUUCGGUGUGUUCGGAGCGUCGCUUAGCAAAUCCUUGGUGAACCAAGCGCCCGACGAGUGCCGGUGGGAUGGCUACACCGAGGACGAUUUGACACUGCUCUGCCGGUUAAGGACUAUUAACAGUGAGCUAGAAAAUACGAACUUCAGUGUGUUGCAUCCGGAGAAUACCGUCCGGCUGCGGUUACAGUGCAACGAUGGACUGUUUUUCCAAAGCAGUUUAAGCCCGGGCAGCUUCAAACAACUCACCAAACUCCACUCACUGUCGAUCGAGUAUUGCAAAAUUGCCAACCUAAGUGAAGGAUCAUUUCAAGGGUUGAAGCAACUUACCAACCUGACGUUGCGAACGCACAACACCGAUUGGUCGUCGAUAAGUCUCGAUAUUGCGCCGCAAGUGUUUAACGGCGAGCUUUCGAAGCUGCAAAGGCUCGACCUUAGCCAGAACAACAUGUGGAGUGUGCCGGAUGGAUUUAUCUGUUCCCUGCCACGGUUAAGCCACCUGAACCUCACUCACAACCGAUUGCGUGACCUGUCCGUGUUCCAUUUUAGUGCGUCGCUGAGUACGCGGCUGUCGAAAAAGUGUGGCAGCUCGAUCGUUACCCUCGAUUUGUCACACAACACCAUCGACAAUCUGCCGCCCGCCAUAUUUUCCGGGCUCGGCAAGCUAACCGAACUAAGGCUGCAGAGCAACGGGCUCAACUAUAUCGCCGAUCGUGCAUUCGAGGGGUUGGUAUCGUUGUCACGGUUGGAAAUUUCACUCAACCGGCUCACCAAUCUGCCACCGGAGCUGUUUUCCGAGGCCAAACACAUCAAAGAGAUCUACCUGCAGAACAACAGUCUGAACGUGCUAGCUCCUGGUAUUUUCAGCGAUCUCAAGCAACUGCUCGUGCUGGAUCUGUCCAACAACGAGCUUACAUCGGAGUGGAUCAACCCGGCCACAUUCCGGGGGUUGGCCAAGCUCAUUCUUCUCGAUCUGUCCAACAACAAGAUAUCCAAACUCGAGCCGACAAUCUUUCGCGAUCUGACCAGCUUGCAGGUGUUACGAAUGCAGGAGAACUUCAUUGAAAGUGUUGCCGAAAACACGUUCCUUGGACUAAGCGCGUUGCAUACGGUUAUUCUAUCGAACAAUCGUCUGUCCACAGUGGACCAUUUUACCUUUAGUGGUUUGAAAAGUUUGACACUGCUUUCGCUGGAUUAUAACCGCAUUUCACGCAUCGAUCGACAGGCGUUGCGCAAUCACUCCACACUGCAGGAGCUGCAUCUGAACGGGAAUAAGCUGCUACAAGUGCCGGAUGCACUGUACGAUGUGCCACUGCUGCGAACGCUCGAUCUCGGGGAAAAUCACAUCUCCAGCAUCGAUAAUGCUAGCUUUCGGCACAUGGCCCAUCUGUACGGUUUGCGGCUAACGGAAAACAAUAUCGAAAUCAUCCGGCGCGGAACGUUCGAGGCGAUGAAAUCACUGCACAUAUUGAAUCUAUCCCAAAACCGGCUAAAACUGGUUGAACAAUCGUCCUUCGAUAACAAUACGAAGCUGCAAGCGAUCCGGCUGGACGGAAACUACCUGACGGACAUUGCCGGCCUCUUCACCAAGUUGCCCAAUCUGCUGUGGCUUAACAUCAGCGACAAUCAUCUGGAGGUGUUUGAUUACGCGCUCAUACCGACCGGUCUGCAGUGGUUAGAUAUUCACGCGAACAAGAUCACCGAGCUGGGUAACUAUUUCGAGAUUGAGUCACAGCUGGCACUGAGCACGAUUGAUGCCAGCUCGAAUCAGCUAACCGAGAUCACCGGAAGUGCGAUACCGAACAGUGUGGAGCUGCUGUACCUCAACGACAAUCUCAUCUCCAAGGUGCAGUCGUACACGUUCUUCAAGAAACCGAACCUGACCCGGGUCGAUCUGUUUGGCAACAAGAUCACCACACUCGAUCCGAACGCGCUGCGCAUAUCGGCCGUGCCGGAUGAUCGCCCACUGCCGGAGUUCUACAUCGGUGGCAAUCCCUACCAGUGCGAUUGCAAUCUGAACUGGUUGCAAAAAAGUAACAUCGAUUCGCGAACACAGCCACGGUUAAUGGAUCUCGAUAGUAUCUACUGCAAGCUGUUGUACAACCGGGGCCGUACGUACGUGCCGCUCGUCGAGGCAAUGCCAAAUCAAUUUCUCUGCAAGUAUGACACACACUGCUUCGCCCUCUGUCACUGUUGUGACUUUUACGCCUGCGACUGCAAGAUGGAGUGUCCGAAGCAGUGCACCUGCUACCAUGACCAAAGCUGGAGCUCGAACGUGGUCGAUUGCUCGCGAGCCGGCUACGAUGAUCGACUGCCCGAUCAGAUCCCGAUGGAUUCGACACAGAUUUAUCUUGAUGGUAACAAUUUCCGGUCGCUCGGCAGUCACGCGUUUCUGGGCCGUAAACGGCUCAAGAUACUCUUCCUCAACGGCUCGAACGUGGAAACGGUGAGCAAUCGUACGUUUUACGGUUUGAAGGAGCUCGAAAUUUUACAGCUCGAUCACAAUCUGCUUACCGCGCUGAACGGGUUCGAGUUCGAAGGGCUCGACAGUCUGAAGGAGCUGUUCCUGCAGUACAAUCGCAUAACGCUGAUCGCAAAUCACACGUUCGAUCAUUUGCACGGUCUGAAGAUACUGCGACUAGAUCACAAUCGCAUUGUCGAGUUUAACGUUUGGCAUUUGCCGAAGCAGCUGAACGAUAUCAGGCUAGCGUUUAAUCCCUGGUCCUGCGAAUGUGAUUACGUGACGCGAUUCCAGGAGUAUCUCAAGACGUACGAUUUUGUUCGCGAUCGGCACAAGAUAAGAUGCGCAUCGUACGUUUCAAGCAAUGGCACUGCCGUUGGACACAAUGGCACAGCCCAGGCUGCCGGUUCCAACGCUGGUCCCGCUGGUGAAGAUGUGCCUGCCGAUGGCAUUCCUCCCGGUGACUUCCUGGUGUAUUACGAUAACAGUUCCACGCUGUGUACCGGCGCAGUACCGCUCGAAAAUGUGAUCAACGGAAAUUUGACCUCGCGAAAAACGAUUCUCUCGCCGCAGCCAAUUGAGGGCUACAUUCCGUUACUGGUAACCGGUCUUUUCGGCUUUUCUUUGGUAAUCAUUCUGACGCUGGUGCUGUUCGUGUUCCGGCAGGAAAUGCGCGUCUGGUUUCACUCCAAGUUCGGUGUGCGGCUAUUCUACCGGAAUGCCGAUAUCGACAAAAACGAACGCGACAAGCUAUUCGAUGCGUUCAUAUCGUACAGCUCGAAGGAUGAAGCGUUCGUCGCGGAAGAGCUAGCACCGAUGCUGGAGAACGAAGAUCCGUCCUAUAAGCUGUGCCUGCACUAUCGCGAUUUUCCCGUCGGUGCGUACAUCGCCGAUAACAUCCUGCAGGCGGUCGAAUCUUCCCGGCGCACCAUUAUGGUACUUUCCGAGAACUUUAUCAAGUCCGAAUGGUGCCGGUUCGAGUUUAAGUCGGCGCACCAUCAGGUGUUGCGUGAUCGCCGUCGACGGUUGAUUGUUAUUUUGCUCGGUGAGGUGCCGCAAAAGGAUCUCGAUCCGGACAUUCGGCUGUAUCUGAAAACGAACACGUACCUGCAGUGGGGCGAUAAACUGUUCUGGGAGAAGCUCCGUUUCGCCCUGCCCGAUGUGCCCAACAACCAGCGAAGACAGCAUCAGCAGAAUAUUUCACUGACACAUUCUAAUGUGCGCAACAGCUAUCAACUGACCCGGGUUGCGCCUAGUAACCGCACCAACAAUCAGCUUGCUGCGCAGCAUCAGGAUCCACGACCGCAGGCACGCUCGUCUGAGUAUCAUUCUACCGCAACGCAACCGCUGCCGACACUUGCUACGGAAAUGCAAACGCAACAACUGCACAGUAGUCAGCAGCAGCAGCAGCAGCAGCAGCCACAGCAUCAACCACAGUCCACCCAAGCACAAUUGAGAGCUUCCGCUCCGCUAAACACUUCACCGAGAACAGUUGGCAUCCAUAUCUAAAAGCUCGUUAGCGCGUGAAUGUGUGAGGGUAUGAUGGGUGGCUGAGUUGUGAAGCACACCUUUGUACAUAUAGGCAUUUGUUGGAGCAAUACGCAUGACCGUGUCAGCAAACCGUGUCUAUGAAUGUAAAUAUAACAUAUGAUAUUCAUAAUCGUCUUAGACGUUUCAGUUAAAAUCUGGAGUUGUGCACGCAAAUGAAAUUGUGAUAUUAACACUUGUAAGGUAUUUGUAAAACACACGGAAUUAAAAUUUGUUGUGAAGAUUUUAAGCAGUUAAAGCUCUUCUUGUUUUAUUAGAGGCAUCUGGGGUCCUAUUUGAAUGUGAAAUUGGAAAUAUUGAAUAAAGCUUAAGAAAUCACGGUGCUCAGCGUUGUUUAGCUCAGCUGAAGAAGACAAUAAAAUACCACAGUAAUCAAUGCAAUAUAGCACGAAGCGCGUGCCAUCUAUUCAUACACAUAGAACAUCAGAUCACAUAAACAGGUGCCAUGAGUGAGAAUGGCACGAUCCAAACAAUAUUAACAACACACUGAAAUACACUCUGGUAGCACUAUUCAUCUUUUUUUCAAUUUCAGAAUAGUAAUUUUAUGCCGCAAUAUUAUCACUCGUUGUAAAAUCACAGCUGUAUGCCUCUCUUUAAGAUUCUAGAAACUAUUUUGUGAGCAAAAUAUGUAAGACAGCAAAGGAAGAGAAAUUGUCACUAUUUAAGAUUCUACAUACAAAAUUUAACACAUGAAACAAUUUGAUACAGUGGCGCGAAAAGGUAACAGGCUGUUAUUUGCUCAUAGAUUUUAUACUUUAUCUAGUCAAAAGCAUGUAAGAGACAAAAUGCACAUAGCGAAUGAUAGAAAUCGAUCAACGAUCGAGCUAGGGUGCACAUUUGCUAAAUUUGUACACAACACGCAAACUGAUAAACGUGACUCAAGUGUUUUAGAAUAAAAUGUUGUUGAUUCAAAUUAUUCCUACUAAUGUAUACAGAAGAAGACUGAUGCACGACUUGAAUAUUGAAGCAAUAUCAUUCCAAUACUCAACCACAUCACUUUGUUUCUAGCUUAGGACAAACGUUCAUUUGAAAUGUACGUCAUCACAUUGGGGUUUGAAGUAAUUUUCUCUCCUUCUUUGACGUGGUAGCAACUUUGUUCACAGCAUUCAAACAUUACACAACUGAUAAAAUCAGAAUCAAUCUAUCAAAACGCUAGAAACAUUAAAGUAAUGCUCGAAAUCGAUUAAACCUACACCUCAUCAUAGUACUAGCGGUAAAUGCAAUAAUAUCAGUAUGAGUGAUUGUUGAUAAACUGUCCCAAUCCUAAUUAAAAACGAACGCAACAACAGUUGCAUAGUUCAAAGGUUAUAACGAAAGGUGUGUAACAACUAGUAGAAAUUGAUAGCAAAACAAAUAAAUACAAGUUAAUUAAAGAAUCGCUUACAUUACAUUAAACCAAUUCAAUGCACUUUUGUUGUUAAAAAAGAGAAAAAUUGAAUCCUUGUAAGAUUGUAGACAGGAUUUCAAUUUCGAAUCGCGUUCCAACAUGUGUAAGCCUUUGUGUCCUUAUGUCGUAAAUAAAUUAUUAUUUGGCGAAACGUUUCGCACAGCACUGAGUAGAAAAAGUAAAAGGAAUUGCAUCCAUAAAGUGUCCUUCACUAUGCGUAUAAAACAACGGAACUGCCUAAUUUGAAGUAUUGUUAGCAAAAUGUAGUAUAUUCAAUUGAAAUAAAUCACACACCAGGAAUGCCUGAUUUUAAAACUAAA